UUUGAUUGCUAAAUUUUUCAGGCCGCGUUGUAAGUUAAUUUUGUACAAAUUUAACAUAAAUUUUGAAAUCUGCGGAAUAUGAAAUAUGUUAUUAAUAAACGAAAAUUAGUGUCGAUCAGACAGAUUAAUUUAGUCAUAUAUCUAGUGCAAUAUCACUAGUAUUGACGCCACUGGAUAUAAUUAUGUAAUCCUAUUAUGUUCAACUAAUAAACUAGUAAAAUUAAUUCAUCAGAAAUAUGAAUUUCCAUUUGAAAAAUAAACCUUUAUGAAUACGUAAUAGAUAUUCGUGAAAAUUGUAUAGCAGCAAAGAAUAUUCAGUUACAUGCAUCGGAUCACCGUGUAGAUGAUACAUAGAAUGUAAGAUGGCAACUAUACAAAGACAAUAGGCGUCGAUUUCUUCGAUCAUACUUUUCGUUUCCACAAUAAAAUGUACAUGUUUUUCUGUCGAAAUAGUGAAAAUAUAUUCGCUUGUUUGUUUGGUUCAUUCACAAAUACCAAAAAAACAGACUCCAGACUUGGUUAUCAUGACUGAUGGCAGGGAACGAAAGUACACCUGGAUCUUUAGCAGAAGAUUCAUUGUCCACAAGAUUGCAAUGGCUUCGUCAACGUAGAGAAGCGUUGCAGGAGAAGUUAGCUCAAAAAAAUAAUGAACUUAAGAACCUCUGCGUAGAAGAAGCAGAAUUAACUGGUGUUUUGCCACCAGAAAUUCCGUUAGAACCUGGAGAGAGCCCGCCAGUGUUCCGCAAAAAAGUUGGAACAACGUUUACAUAUCCACAGAAUUUAAUCAACAAAUUGAAAACGAACGAAGUUGAGGAAUCUGCCUUAGAGUUGGAACGACAAGUUCAAAUUGGUAUAGUAGAAGCUGCUUUAGGAAUUGUAAAUGAUCCUACAGAAAGCAAGGCAGUACGCCGUAAGCAUAGACUUGUUUACCAACAAAGCCAACGCAGGCUACAAGAAUUGGAAGCACGUUUAAAUUUUCUGAGACAAAGCCGUAAUAAAUCUCAUCAUUCAACGCAACUCCAACAUUCUACCAUUUGUAAUGCCCAACCACAUUUACAUUUAAAUGUAAAGCAUAGAACAAAGAAACCCCGACCACCAUUAGAUGGCACAGUAAACGACGUAAAUUCAAAAAUUACAAGAGGACUGCUCCAAGAAGGCGGCAUAAGUUUAAGUCCAUUAGGAUCGGAAGAUAAGUGUAACAUUUAUCCUAAUCAUGGAUAUGACGAUCAGUCAGUAAUUCCUAACAAUUGUAAUCACAAUCACAUUGGUACUUAUUGCCCUACAAUUUCCGACCAGCGACAAAGUGUAAAAAUAAUAGAACAUGAUCAUAACGAUAAUCAAAAUGUUUAUAUAUUACCCGACCAAUGUCGCACGCGAACAUAUUCUCACGGUAGUGGUGGUUCGCGCAAUCAAAAUCAUUAUCAAGAUAAUGAACGGACGUAUCGAACGUUACCAGGCGCAUAUACCGAAGACGAACGGCAAAUAAGAUGUCGUCAAUUGCAACCAGAACAAGUGCAUAAUUAUCCACAAUAUUCUGACUACAAACAUUUGGACAAUGACGUCCAACGAAGAUCUGGACAGGAAUAUUAUGAAAGGGACUUUCGUACAUUACAUUAUAUACAUGUACCUGAGUUUCCAACAUAUCAUAAAAGUAAUUCUCAACAGUCCGGACUAAGGCGAGAUCGGGAUACAAAUAAAAAUUUACGAUACACAAAUUCACCAAGUGAAUCACAAUUACCAUCAGGUUAUUGGAUGCGAUACGAAGAUGAAAUUGUUUGGUGUCCGGAUGAUCAAUUUGCUGCAGAUAGAUUUGGUAGUUUGGAUCGAAGGAAGCGCAACGCAGUUCAAAAUACUGGUAGUAUUGGAGCCGACAUGCAACCACGAUAUCGUACAGCAUCUGUAGGUUGUAAUAAAAAUCCUUCUUAUAUUGCGUCUCAUCAAAAUGCUUCUGUUCAUUUACUCCCACUAUCUGAACAGCCGCCAAUCAAUAAUAAAAUGUUACUACGUACACAAUCUCUAGGCAGUGUGGAAAAAUGGCAUUCAAAUCACUUACAUGACUUACACGAUGGUAAAGAUACAAUGGAUAAUGUCAGUAGAAAAGGAAAAGAAAAAGAAUGGUAUGAAACCUCUUUGGAUUCAGGUACAAGUCCAGGAUCAGAUAUUAAUUUAAUAUCUUCUCAUAAAAAUAUUCAUUAUCAGUCUACUCUUCCUGUAUGCUCUAAAUCAUCCAAUAACGGCGAAGAUGGUAAAAACAAUUAUAUUUCUUCAGUAAAUCUUCGUAAAAGUGACAUGUUAACAAUCGAAACCGAUCAACAUUUACUAUCAUCACGAUACGAGCCGAUACGAAAAGUACUUGAAAUUCCAGCCGAGUCAAAAUCACCUCAAGAAACAAACGAAGAAUCGAUUAUGUUAGGAUCCGCUCAGAAUUGUACUAUUGUACAAGCUGGAAAGUAUCAACCAUACAGAGAAGUUACAAAACCUUUUGAAAUGUCUGAUUUUUAUAAAUAUUCUACUAAAUUUCGUAAGAAGAACGAAAUAAAUGGACAAAAUGUUUUAAGUGAAACUCAAAAAGACUCUCGAGGAUCGCAUUACGUUAGAACGAGUGAUCUUGGAGAGUCUGAAUCCUUGAAUACUAUGCACAAUGGAAUUGCUGGUUCGGUUCAAAAAAGAAUUUAUCAGCCUGUUCAGAGAAUGACGUGUCAGCCUUAUCUCACGUCAUUAAGAUAAUUUUUGGCUAUGCAUAAAGGAAUAAUCUAAUACAAUGGAAAGACAAGAUAGGCUGGACCUGUCUAAAUAAGUGUUUGUAACAGAUUUAUGAAUCAUACAAUGAUUGCAUCAACAUAGCAUUGUGACCUGAAAAUUUUAUUAUCUUGGAUAUAUUACUUCAGUGUAGUUUAUCCAAACGAUUAUCGACUACGUUAAAAUUAAUAUGGGGACCUGAAAAGUGCCUUAUUUUUAUUUUGAUAAAAAAUUGUUGUCGAAAUUAUGACCAAAAUUUAAUUUAUACUAUUUAUAAGAGAUGUAAUGUCAAGAAGCAUUGAAUAAUUUAAGUAAAUAUUCUGAAAUUUUUGGACAUUAUAUACUUAGAUCAUGAGUAUAA